UGUUGUACAAGACCUUGCUGAAGACUUUGAAUGGUCAACUCUUCCACCCUUUUAGUAAAUUGAAUGGGCUGAAACAGGUUUCUAAACCAGUUUCUUUUAGACAGAAGUAUUCUACUGGGUGAUACUGUGUAGGCAAUUCCUGUUUAGUAAAGUUACCACGCCCAUUGCUUUCAAAACAGCAGGCGUGAAUCAGAGCGCUACUACAGUCACAGACUCAGUAACACGGUGGUUCAGCACCAGAGAAUUAGACAACUUCCAAGUUGGAUGUUCAUUUCUUCUUUUUCCUGGUCUUGGAAGGUUAGACAAUGGCUGUGAACAAGUGUAUAAAGUACCUGCUUUUCCUCUUCAACUUACUCUUUUGGAUCAGUGGUUGCAUCAUUCUGGGUGUCUCCAUCUACCUGAAAGUGUCUAAGAAUGGAAAUAGUAUCACAAACACUACGCUACCGUUUGUCAACCUACUGAUAGCCAUUGGUGCCAUCAUCAUGGUGCUGGGAUUCCUGGGCUGCUGCGGGGCCAUCAAGGAAAACCGCUGUAUGCUCAUGCUGUUCUUUGUCAGCCUGCUGCUCAUCUUCAUCCUCUUGUUGGUCACUGGAAUCCUGGGAGCUGUAGGAGCGAAAAAUUCCAAGAGCAUGUUGACUGAUGUCUUUACCCCGAUGAUACCACUAAGUGGGCAGCCAGCUGAAAUCCAGUCGGAAUUGAACGACCUGCAAGCGCAGGUGAUGUGCUGUGGACUGGUCAACGGACCUAAUGACUGGGGCAACACCGUCCCCAACUCCUGUUCGUGUGUUAAUACCACUCAGCCUUGUGUCACAAUUGGUUCACAGAGUGUGUACUCGACGCCUUGCAUCCAGUUUCUGACCAACUUGGUGGAGAGGAGUGCCAUCAUUAGCCUGGGGAUUGCAUUUGCCAUCGCCGUUUUGAUGCUCUUUGGAAUGGCCUUUGCCAUGACCCUGUACUGCCAGAUUGGAAAGGGAUCCAUAUCCGGCGCUUAAAUGCACCUCCAGGUGACAGACCUGGUUCAGGGUUGGGUUGAAUGUGACAUGAAGUCAGAUCAAGCCAUGAAGUUACCUGAGAAAGGUAGAGAUGGGUGAAUUUCAUAAUGGGGGGGGAAUGUCUUUUUUGUGACCUCCUGAACAAAUUGAAAAGGCUUCCCAUUCAUGGGGAGUUAAAACUUGACUGACAUCAAUUUGAAUUCAGCCCAUCUCUGACUGGACCCUGUUAGACAUCCACUACUGUCCAGGCAGCGUGUCAUUUGUACUCAAGGUCAGGAUUGCAGUCUGUUCAAUUCUAGGAAAUGCACUGAUUUAAUUUCUGCGACUUUUUAAUAGAAAACAAAUUUGAAUUUGGCAUUUUCCUUAGUCUAAAUUAAAGCCAACCCUGCUUAACAUUGCUACUUUCUGUGCAUUCCUUAUGCACCUGUCCAAUAGUUGGCUCAAAUCAUUUGAGUUGGGUUUUAAGUUAUUCAUCUGUUAUCAGUGUCUUGAAGUGAAUCUAAAAGAUGUUUAGGAAUUUUUAUGCAUUUCUUGAUUUUUCUAAUAAAAAUACUCACUUAGGUGACUGGUCAUAUACUGUGUGCUUGUAUAAGCCGUGUUUAAAUUUGUUUUUAUUUUGUAGUUGACAGUCUGGCAUGAAACGUACGACCGUGAGAGCUCUGUGUGUAUAUAAUUUUACCAAUUUAUAAUCUAUCCCUGUAGGUUUUCACAUCUACUGGGCUGUGUUGAAUCAUUGUCUAUGUACUUCCUCUGAGAGUUAUAAACCGAAGUAACAAACCUUUUUGCCUCAUCCUCUCCAUGUUAUAACAGCCCAGGUCCCAUUUUACUGAACACCAAUGCAUAAUUCUUAUUCAGGAACACAGCUACCCUGUAUUUAUACAAAUAAAUGAUUGAAAAAAACUA